CGUUCUUGAAGUAUUACUGUCCUGUUAUACUAUUGUGUUGAAACAAAUCUCGGAAAGUUUUCAUUAAAUUAUAUAUCUAAAAUCGAAUUUUGUCGUCAUUCAGUGAUUGAUUUUCAUAAAGUUGCGUACAAGGACCAUAAAAGUACAGCGCCGUCGGAAAAAAAUCUUUGCAGAAACCACUUGAUAUCAGAUUUCGUCUAAUAGAAUUCAUUCAAAAUGACUCAUAUGACUCAAGAAGAGAUCGUAUCCAAUACGAAGGCUGUACUUCAGGGCCUCGAAGCGCUACGCGUGGAACACCUAACACUCAUCUCAAAUUUGUCGGAGGGAAACAAGAAGGACCCAGAUAAAUCGGAAAUCGUUAUGAAAAACAUUGAAAAUAUCGAACUUGGUUUAGGGGAAGCACAGGUGAUAGUAGUUUUAGCAUCACAUUUGCAAAAUAUUGAAGCCGAAAAGCAGAAAUUGCGCACUCAAGUGAGACGCUUAUGUCAAGAAAACGCAUGGCUACGAGAUGAAUUAGCAAAUACCCAACAGAAACUGCAGGCGUCGGAGCAAACCGUAGCACAACUCGAGGAAGAGAAAAAACAUUUAGAGUUCAUGGCAUCGGUAAAGAAAUACGACGAAAAUCAGGAAAACGAAGAUAAUCUAGAAAAAUCUCGUACUGAUCCAGUUGUUGAACUAUUCCCUGAGGAUGAGGCCGAGGAACGUCAUAACAUGUCUCCAACUCCUCCAAACCAAUUUGCGAAUCACGCCAAUGCCGGAUACGAAAUUCCAGCUCGCUUACGUACAUUGCAUAAUUUAGUCAUUCAAUAUGCUUCGCAAGGUCGAUAUGAAGUAGCUGUUCCCUUGUGUAAACAGGCGCUCGAGGAUUUGGAAAAAACCAGUGGUCAUGAUCAUCCGGAUGUCGCCACAAUGCUUAACAUUUUGGCCCUGGUGUACAGGGAUCAGAACAAAUAUAAAGAGGCCGCUAAUCUUCUGAAUGAUGCACUGGCAAUUCGUGAAAAGACUUUGGGAGAAAAUCAUCCUGCUGUUGCAGCAACAUUGAAUAACUUGGCUGUUUUAUAUGGCAAACGUGGAAAAUACAAGGAUGCAGAACCACUAUGCAAAAGGGCUCUCGAAAUUCGAGAAAAUGUGCUUGGUAAAAAUCACCCGGAUGUCGCAAAACAGCUUAACAACUUAGCUUUGCUAUGUCAGAAUCAGACAAAGUACGAAGAAGUUGAAAUGUAUUACCAAAGAGCCUUGGAGAUUUACGAAAUGAAGCUAGGCCCGGAUGACCCGAAUGUAGCCAAAACCAAAAACAAUCUGGCCAGCUGUUACCUCAAGCAAGGGAAAUACAAGGAAGCCGAAAUUCUAUACAAACAAGUUCUCACAAGAGCACACGAGCGGGAGUUUGGAGCUAUAAAUGGGGAAAAUAAACCGAUCUGGCAGGUGGCUGAGGAACGAGAAGAAAACAAGUUGAAAAACCGUGAAAAUACCCCGUACGGUGAAUACGGUGGAUGGCAUAAAGCUGCAAAAGUUGAUUCGCCCACGGUGACAACAACUCUAAAAAAUCUCGGCGCACUUUACAGAAGGCAGGGCAAAUACGAAGCGGCCGAUACGCUGGAAGACUGUGCCCUUCGAAGUAAGAAAGAGGCAUUGGACUUGGUGAAGCAAACCAAAGUAGCAAAAAUUCUGGGAGUUCCCGAAGAAAAGCGUCUGAAAAUGCGAGACAGUGAUAAUUUUGAUGAUGAAUCAAGACGAGCUCUUAAGUGAAUGGAUUCUAGUACUUCGUGAAUAAUAAUAUUAAUAAUAAUAAUCCUUUAUACUAUGGAAAGAACACAUUCUUUAAACAUUUAAAGUAUUUAUAUGCACAAUGAGUGCAAUUAUUGACGACGAAUGACUUGUACAUUUUAAUUACGCUGCUUUUUAUUUGUUUGUGAACCUCAAAAUUGCUCGAAAAUAAAGCUUUCAUUAUUGUGUUUAGCAAA